GACUAAAAGGCUCAUCCCCACUCUACUUCACCACCAAGAACGGCACAACAUUCUCUACUCUCUUCUAAAAGAUUUUUCCAAUCACCUCCCGCUAAUCUCGCCCUUCGCGGCUACACCUACUACUACUACUACUACUACUACUAUUAUUCUCUUCCUUCACUUUUCUUUUUUCCUAUUUAGUUCUCAAAAGCUUAUGGUCCUAACACCAAAAAAGCAUUUUCAUUAUCCAAAUUAAAAUUAAAAACACACAAAAAAAAAGAAGGAAAAAUAACCAAAAAAAGGGAAAAAAAAAAUGUGUGUCUUCCUUGUUCUUCUUCUUCAUCAUCUCCUUCUCUAUCUGUCUCUGUUUUUUUCCUCUUCCACUGCAAAUCCUCCUCAACCCUAUCCGUACGGUCUCUCUUUCCACAUUGACUGCGGUGGACUCGUUAACGCCACCGAUCCUUUCAACACCACUUGGCUCGCCGACCGAUUCUUCACCGGCGGCAACACCGCCAUUGUCUCUGAGCCCCUGCAGUUCCGGCAUCCUCAGGAGAAGACCCUCCGUUACUUCCCUCUCACCUCCGGCAAGAAGAAUUGUUACAUAAUCCCUGACCUGCCGGACGGGAGGUACUAUUUGCGGACAUUCACCGUGUACGACAAUUACGACGGGAAGUCUCACUCGCCGUCGUUCGAUGUCUCCGUUGAGGGAACCGUUGUGUUUAGCUGGAAGUCGCCGUGGUCGGAGGAUCUCGCUCGCACCGGCUCGUACUCCGAUCUCUUCGUGUUCGUCAGCGACGGCGAGGCCGAUAUUUGUUUCUACAGCAUUGCGACCGAUCCUCCCGUAGUCGGUUCGCUCCAGCUUGUUCAGGUCGAUCCGGCGUCGUAUGACUCCGCUGCUAUUGGUCGAAAUUAUAUUCUUGUGAACUAUGGGAGGUUCAGCUGUGGGACCGACCAGUGGGGCCCAGGGUUCAGCAACGACACCGAUCUCUUCAGUCGUUCGUGGCAGUCGGACUCGGAUCUCCGAUUGACGGACAGCAAGAACCCGGUGAGGGCGGUUUCGACCAGGUUUAGCAUCUCCGGGACAGACCGGAGUCCGAAUUAUUUCCCGAUGAAGUUGUACAAGACGGCGUUGGAGGCCGGCGGCGAUGGAGGCCUGGAGUACCAAUUGACCGUGGACGCGAAGCUGGAUUACUUGCUGUGGUUCCAUUUCGCUGAGAUCGGUCCAGGAGUGACGAGAGCGGGUCAGAGAGUGUUUGAUAUUUUGAUCAAUGGGAAGAAUGUGAAUCGGAUUGAUAUAUACAAGGAGGUUGGGAGCUUCGCUGCGUAUAAUUGGCAUUACACAGUGAAGAAUUUGAGUAGUACUGUUUUGAAGGUGAGGCUUGUUUCUGUGGUCGGUGCCGCAUUGAUCUGUGGGCUCGAGAAUUAUGCACUUGUUCCGGCUGACCUUUCCACUGUUCCUGAACAAGUUACUGCUAUGCAAGCUUUGAAACAGUCACUCCGUGUUCCCGAUCGAAUGGGUUGGAACGGGGAUCCUUGUGCUCCUACUAAUUGGGAUGCAUGGGAGGGAGUUACAUGCCAUCUCAACAAGAAUAAAACUGCGCUUGUAAUAUACCAGAUAGAUCUUGGAAGUCAAGGUUUGAAAGGGUAUAUCAGCGAUCAGAUUGUUCUAUUGUCAAACUUGGUAAGCCUGAACUUAAGUUCUAAUUCUUUGGAGGGCACGAUACCAUCUGGGCUAGGUCAAAAAUCACUUACCAAGUUGGAUUUGUCAGGCAACCAGUUAACGGGGCCCAUACCAGAAAGUCUAGCUUCUUCAAAUCUGCGCCUUGUGGUAUUGAAUAACAACUUAUUGGAAGGACAAGUACCAGAGGAACUGUAUUCAAUUGGUGUGCAUGGUGGAGCUAUUGAUCUUUCUGGUAACAAAGGUUUGUGUGGAGUACCUCCUUUAGCAGCGUGUCCAUUAUUUUGGGAACAUGGUCGCUUAUCAACCAAGGGUAAAAUUGCAAUCGGCAUGUCUUGCCUUCUUGUUUUCUGUGUGCUGCUGUUAGUGAUAUAUAUCUUCUGCAUCCGAAGGGGUAGACAUGAUUAUGAAUUUGCUCCUCCUCAUGACUUAAUGUCACUUGCUGCAAAGAGAAACAGAUAUCAGAGGCAGAAGUCCUUGAUGCUUCUUGAAAUGGAGAGUCAGCAUGCCAAGGCAUUGCCAUCACCUUUAACUCCCCAUUAACCAAGUUUGCCUCAAACAGGAAAGUAAAUGAAGAUAAACCUUCUGCUUACAUAGUGCCUAGAGGACAUAUAGAGAGGAAAAGUUCAAAGUGUAAGACAAAUAGAUUGAUUAUGAUAGGAGAGGCUUGGCUGGUUUUAGAAGGUUGAUUUUUAUGAUUUUUGGCAUUUCCAGCAACUUGUUUGGGAAUCAGGUUCUGCAGAAAGCUAGUGGGCAGAAUGUGUAGCAGUUUUUUGUUGACUGACCCAAAAGAAGAUAUGAGCAACCAACCCACCCUCUCCUUCCUCACUUUGUAUCAUACCCCAAAUGUCAUCUGAUGAAUUAUAUUGGUGUGAAAUUUGAUAGUUUGUUUGGAAUUGAACCACACUAAUAUACCAACUGGGUUCUGGUUUUGUACUUUUUUUUUGGCUGCAUCGUCAACCUUUUUUUGGUUAAUAUUUGAAAAUUUUAACCACAUUGUAUGCUGAUUCAUUUAGCCUCAAAUUAGUAUAUGUAUUCCUUAGAUAAUACUGUUAUUGUACGAUGUACUUCUAUAAUGAAAUUUUUACAGAACUAGUUUCUUUUUUA